GUUUCAGUCCCAACAAAACUCUCGAGCCGUAAAGUUGUUGCAAACGUGUCAGACGGAAGUUUCAGUUUUCGUUUCAGUUAAGCGCGUCGAACACUCUCGAUAUAUUUAGCGAUAUACAAACAGUUAUAAACAGUUAUUAUUGGCCAAAAGGAUACUCGACUCGCAGGGCGCCAGCAAACAAAAGACUUAGGCAACAAACGUGCCCCACAAUGACAAGCCACCACACAAAGGAGGCGAGCGCCAGCCGUUCGAGCUGGGCGGCAUUCUCGCUGCUCUUCAGCGCUCUGCUAGUCACACAGAUUGCCGCCGCCCAGGACCCAGCGGCGACGCCCGGCGAGUUCGCCCCCCAUGUUACGGCCACUUGCAAGGCGGGCACCAUGAACAUCAAGGUGAAGUUCAGUUCCGGCUACACAGGCGCCGUCCAUGCGCGGGAUCAUCGCACACCGCCCUGCAUGGCCAUGGGCGACGGCAGCGACUCGGUCGCAUUCAGCCUCAACCUCUGGGCCAAGCAGGGCGCGCCCGACUACUGCGGCAUCUUGGUCAGCAACGUGAGUGGAAGCAAUCGCACUGAGGAGCGUUCCAUUCAGCUGGCGGUGCGUGUGCACAAGACUCUUGAACUGGCGGAUGAUAAAUUUUAUGUGAUUACCUGUGGCAAAUCGGGCUACUCUCGCGAUGACAAUGCCCAUGUGGUUCUCAAGUUCCUGGAGAACGAUCACCGCGUGCGGGAAACGGUCUACGGCCACAAGUACAAGAUACGCGCCGAGUUCUCCAAGCCAAACGAUACCUAUGGCCUGCGUGUGGGCAACUGCUUUGCCUUUGACAAGAAGAACAUCACCCUGGAGCUGACAGACGAUCGCGGCUGCCCCUAUGAUCCCAACCUUAUGAGCCGCUUUGUGCCCACGAUCGACGGCCGUGCGGCGGAGGCAACACUGGACUCCAUGUUCAAGUUCCCCGAGGGAUCUGAGGUGCAUCUGCAGUGCGAUGUCGUUCAGUGCUAUGGACGCUGCGUAGAGAUCGACGAUUGCAGUCAGGUGGCUCUGGCUGGCUUCACCAAGGGCAGCGGCAAUGGCCCACGCAAGUUUGGCCCCAACGAGGAGGGCUCCAGCAUUGCGGGCACAACGGUCUUCGUCUUAGAUCCCGCCGAGGCGCGACUUAUUUCAUCAAAUUGCGAGGAUGGCAUUCGACCCAGCUGGCUGCUGUGGCUGGCCAUCACACUCGGAGUUCUGUUCCUCAUCAUGCUGCUAAUGAACAUUUUCCUCUGCACUGCCAUGAGCUGUAGCUGCGCCAAUACAGAGAUCAUUGAGAAGGAGCCCUCGAUCAUUGAGGAAUACGAUCCUUAUCGCAGCUGGCAUGGCAGUCAGUAUGGCUCCCGGUACUCGCUGCAUGGCCGAGAUGCGCACAAGGGCUAUACUAGCGGUGGCUCGACGAUACACUCAAAUAGGUCUAUUCCAAUUGAUAACGAUUAUGCAAUUGUACAUUCCCGACCCGGCUCUAGACAUUCAUCCACGUUGCAUGGACAGCGUGCACACCGCGGACCGCCCAGUAAUAUAUGAGAUCCUAAUGCUUAAGUCAAAAAUGUGACAGUUUUUUUUUUAAUGUUUAACAUAGUUUAGUUAUUGCCCACUUCAAAUAAGUCUCAAAUGUACAUAACUCGAAAUAUUACAACUCUCUGUCAACUCUAUUCUAAAUUCUUCGAUGAAUCUGAUUUCGCUGUAAAAUACUAAACGAAAAAACAAAAACAAAAACCUUAUAUCAUUAAAACUUUCCUAAUAUUUAAAUAACAAUUAAACAUAAGUCAUUAGUCUGUCAUAAGUUCGAUUGAAUGUGUACGAGUUUAAGUGAAGAGUUUUAUUUUAAUAUGAAAGUCCAGAAAAAGAAAAC